AUGGGGACACUCCUGCCCGGACCCCAGGGCCUGCAGUCAAAUUUGUUCAUCUUCUCGCGGUCUGAGGUGUCUCCAGGAGAGUUUGAGUGCUGGGCUCACUUCGCUGAGCCGUGGGGGCUCAAGGCCUACAUCACCUGGAUGACUCUAGCAGUGUUCUUACUGCCAGCACUAAUCAUCACCGUCUGCCAGAUCCGGAUAUUCAGAGAGAUUCACAACAACAUCUAUCUGAAGUCAGAGAGGAUGGUGUCAGCAGAGCUAAAGAAGAACAAUGCUGUCAUCUUCCACUUCCACAGAGUCAAAAAGGAACGACAGAGCGACCAGGGAUCUACAGCUGUUGUACCCUCAGAGUGCUAUGCCAACCUGUCCCCCUCUCCACAGUACAGCAGCUGUCACAACAACCACACAGCACCAACACAGCAAAGCCCCUUCAACACCCCAGAUAACCUAACCCUCCACUCCAGCCCUGGCCUCAGUGACCAAAGGGGCUCCAGUACAGCUGUAGUUCCCCCAUCAUGUGACACAUGCUCACAUGGAUCCCAUGGCCCAGUCACCUCUGGUGGUUGUGGUGGUGGUUCAUUGCCUCCUAACAAUGGUGGCUGUUACUGUCAUGAGUCCUACACAUCCUUUGAGCUCCCCUCCUCCCACCGAUGUGUCUCCUCUCCACGCCCCUCCCUGGAGUACCCUCCCCCACCCCCCCGGGCCCAAACGCCCCCAUCCAUCUCCAAGGCCAUGUCUAAGACGGUGAGGAUGACUCUGGUGAUAGUGUUGGUCUACACAGUCUGCUGGUCCCCCUUCUUCAUCGUUCAGCUGUGGGCCGCCUGGGACCCCAACCCUCCAGACCAAGGUUAG